AUGAACAGGAACGAUGCGAGCCAGUCAACUGAGGUAUUUCCGAGGCCUAGAAAAGAUCACACGAUACUGCGGCUUUCGGAAAAAGUUCGAAACCGGGAACUGAACCGUUGGUAUUGCGUAGAAACUUCUCGCUACUCCAAAAAAUGUGUCACCGUUCUUUCUGCCCUUUAAACUUCAAACCGUCCAUGAAAUCGACGUUCAUUUUUCAGGAAUUUGAAACAGUUUUACAAUGCGAGCCAAGAUUUGCAGGAUCUGCGCGAACAACUGGAGGAACUGGAGUCGUCGAACGCUUUGCGAAUGAGGACGCUCGCGGAGCAGAUGAACAGCAAUCCGGAACUGAAGACCGUUUUCCUUGAUGUCACCACAGUGUUAGUAAAUGUGACUCGUUUCUCCGUAUCUCUUCUGUUCAGGAAUGGUACUGAGACGAUAGGUCUGGAGUUUGGCAACGCCGAGAAACGCUCCGUCUGGGAACGAUCUGUCAAGGACGCGAAGGCAGCUCUGAGUGAGUUUUGAAGUCACGAUCACUCUUAGCAACUUUUUUUGAAGUUGAGCAGCAGAUAACGACUCCGAACUGUCAGCUGAAAAGCAUUAUCGCUCAUCAAACGAGACCUGGACUACAAGUAGGCCUUCUCUAUUAGAAAAAAACACUUGUAAAAAAAUUGCUAAAAUCCUCCUUCGCCGGCCCUUAACUCUAUUAAAAAAAUGUUUCAUUCUAACUCAAAAUUUUCACCGAAAAAAAUUGUAUUUACGUUUUUGAGUCAUAUUUUCCUUUUUAUAUCUUAAUGACGAAAAAAACGUGAUUUUUUUGUUGUAGAAAAGUCUGAAAUUUGACUUGGUUAAAACUUGUGCUUUUUGGGCCGGGCCGUUAGGCUGACCCUCGCACUGGCCUGCUGAAGACCUUUCUUUCAGCUGUGCGCAGCAAGCAUCGUGCCCGGCAAACGGUCAGACAGUUCGCCUUUCGUUUGGGUUUGUGCCAGCGACAAGUUCAGCGGCCAGGUGGCGGUCAUGUCAUUGGAAAACGGAGAGACGACCAUCGAAAGCUGCUCGGCCAUCGGAAACGCCGCCGUCACCGCCAUGUGCACAGUUCCGCCGCCAAAGUCAGUUCUACUCUGUUAGUCUCAUUAACUUGGCUAGCCUAGGAGAAGCAAAAAAAGGAAAAUGAGAUCAGAUCGGUUGUUUGAGACGCCGCACAAGGAAUCGGUGGCCGAACUCAACAGGUGAGUGGAAGUUGCUUCAGCUUUGCUGAACCGCAGUUUAGCAGCGGCUCAGACUCGGAUUCGUCCUGCGAUGAAGCGUCUUCCUCCAGUUCUCAGACGACUGUUUGGAUUGGCAACGACGACGGAGAGUAUGUUCAAAAAAAAAGCUUCUCGAUUCACAAGCAAAUUAAGAGUCUUCGUCGUCAACUCUACGGAGCGGGUCAGAUCGAGAGCCCGUGAACGAUUGGCUCGACUUGGAAACAGUUUGAUUUUUUCUCGCUAUACUUCGCAAGAAUCUGAGUGCAGGUGUCACCGCGAUAUGUUCUGCCGGAUCAAAUGUGUACGUGGCGACCAGUUACUCCUCUCAGAUUCAGUUCCUUGCUUUCCGACCGCAUCCAGGUUCUCUAUCUGUCAUGAAAUUGAAGUCCUUGCUGGCUCUUUAGAUAGAACAUGGGACCUUGAAAAUCCGGUCAACAUAGACCACGCCUGCACGGCUCCCAUAUCGUCCAUGGUCCACGUCGGUCAACGGCUGAUUUGUGCCAGUGGAAACACUUUGCACGCCUACUUCACAGAGGAAUCUAGCUGGCAGGUAUUUGAAUCUAAGAAAAUUUCGGCUUCUAAACCGACACCCUUUUGAAUUCAUUAUAAAUUUUGUCAUAUCGUCUCUUGAUCUCUUAUUUGCUACAUGCGAGAUUUUCUAGUUUUAAGUUAGCUUUUUAGCAAGUUAGCAAGUCAAUAUAAAGAGGCCUUCAGCAAAAAUUUUACACAUUACACAUUUAUUCAGUCUUCAGAGAAGAUUCUAAACUUAUAUAGUCAAACCUUCCCGACUUGAAAGCCGAGGGAGACGGAGAAGUUAGCGGGACGCGUAGAGUGCGCGUACGCGGUUCUUGGCACGAGUCUAAGUCGCGUGCCACCGACUAGUUAAAAAGCUCAGUUAUCGAUUGAUUCGUAUCCAAUCUACUGAUGUUUCAAUGCACAAAUGAAGAAAAUCAAUAAAAAGUUGGUAAGAAAUGAAAAGAGCCACAAACGAUCUCUCCAAAAAGUCGCUGGCGGUUGAAUUGAACUCAUGCCAAGUGCCGCAUACGCGUACUUCUCCGCCUCUGCCGUCUUUUAAGUAGGGAAAAAUCGCUAAUAGAAAGUUCAAGUUUCAUACAAAAAAAAAUGUACUUUCUUGUUAGAAACCUAUGGAAGUGCUGCCUUCUUCCGACAUUGUAAGCGUCAUGUGCGCCUCUGGAGCUUUGUUGUUUGUGUGUGGUCGCAAGUCGACAAUCGUCUACGUCAUCGACGUCUUCACGCUAACCGUCGUCAAUCACUUCAACAUAUCUUCCAUGGUUCGGUCCCAGUUAGCAGGUAAAGUAGCUAAACAACUUUCGCUACAACAAUUUCCAAACUUAGGUCGCGAAGACAUUCUGAGGGAACACAAAAUGGGAUGCUUGCGGGUGUCCUGUCUGAUGGCGGCGAGGUCACAUCUCUGGAUUGGUACCUCUGCUGGCUUCAUACUUUCCGCUCCAGUCCAUUCCGCUCGAAAACAAUUGGCUCCAGAUUUGAACGGUAUCGAACGCGAAUAUUUAUAAAACGUUCCAAAAUACCCAUAAAACGAUUAAGUUUGCGAUAUUGGACACAGUGGACCCUGCAGGAUACUACUCCCAGUGUCGGUAGCGUUUAACAGAAAGAAACGAACAUCGCUGAACGUGCCGUCGCAGCAAAACUCCCAGGUCAGAAAAAUUCGACGAGUACGAAGACGUUCAAAUCUCCAGUUGAUGGUGGUGAGUUGCGGAGAAGGACUCGACGACAAAGGCGCGACCCAAGAUCCAACGACAGACGCCGUCAACCACCUCAUCUUCUGGCGAUGCUCGUAA